AUGAGUACGACGGCGAAGUUCGUCAACUACCCGGAGCCCCAGCGGGGCCCCGAUGUUCCCUACAAGCCCGAGAAGAAAUCCAACCCACCUAUGAGGGGGACCUCGCUCAUGGUCGGCGCAUAUUUUAUGGAGUCAUCUGAGUGGCUGAGGGGCUACAUCUGGAGGAAUGCAGGCUUUGGAAACCUAAGAAGCAUCCGUUCUCAUAUCGAGGAUUACGAGCCUCGCUACGAUCCGACGGUCGUGCCUAUAAUCCCCCCCGAGUCUUCCGAGAAAAAGUCCGAGACCAAUGGCGUGAAAAAAGAGUGCUCUUUCUCGUCAAAACGAGGCGCUCGACUCUCUGGGUAUUACUCCAUUGCCGACUACCACAGGCUCUACCUGUCUGGGGAGAUUUCUCCUGUUGCUGUCGCUAGAGCUAUUCUGCCCUUAAUUCGCAGGGAUGUUGAAAAGCCUACUCAAUACUCCGUCGCCUGGUUCGAUACCAAGGUGGAGCAGGUUAUGAAAGCCGCGAGGGCCUCAGCGAAGAGAUAUAAAGAAGGGAAACCUCUUGGUCCCAUGGACGGCGUCCCGACAGCCGUGAAGGAUGAAUACGAGAUAGAUGGUUACAGGACGUGCCUAGGAUCCCGCAAUGACUACACCGCUCCGGUUACAGAUGGCGCCAGCAUAACAAGCUGGUGUGUCCAGAAACUGGAAGAAGCUGGUGCUAUUGUUCUUGGAAAGCUUUCCAUGCACGAGUUUGGUCUCGACACGACUGGAAACAACCCCAUUUACGGGACUCCGAGGAAUCCUUACAACGACGAGUACUACACUGGUGGGAGCUCGUCCGGAAGCGGGUACGCCGUCAGCAGUGGACUAGUCGCGUUCGCUCUCGGAAGUGAUGGUGGAGGCAGCAUCAGGAUUCCCGCGUCCUUCUGCUCCGUGUUUGGACUAAAACCAAGUCACGGUCGAGUCUCCUUUCGCCCAGGCCCAAACCACAGCAUCACCUGCGCAGUGAAUGGACCCAUUGCCGCCGAUAUCGCCUCACUGGCUGCGCUAUUCGAGGUGAUCAGCGUGCCGCACCCCACUUCCGGUUUCCCUCACCCUACAGCCUUCGGCGUCCCGGAUAAUGCGCAGCGGAACAGAGUCUUGGGCAUUCCCGAAGAUUGGUUUGCGGAUGCCGACCCGGGCGUCCAGAGCCUUUGUCGAACGAUGGUAGAUAGGCUUGUCAAGGAACACGGUUACCGAGAAGUCCCAAUCAAAAUCCCAUUCUUGACAGAAGGCCAGAUUGCCCAUGCACUGACUAUCCUUACGGACGGCGCAACGCUCCUACCAGAGACCAAGAACCUCACAUAUGCAAACAGAAUCUUGCUCGCUAUUGGGCGCACGACUCCAGCUACUGAUUAUCUCCUCGCUCAAAAACUACGAGGCCUGCUAAUGAAACAUCUCGCAUACCUCUGGAAGACGUAUCCGGGAAUGAUUAUUGUUACGCCUACAACGGCCUGCGCCGGAUGGAAAAUAAAGACCCAAUCAGAAUUGAAGGAAGGCUUCAGCGAUGGGGACAAGACCCUUAGGUCAAUGACGUAUGUAUGGAUGGCCAACUUCUGCGGCCUCCCGGCCCUGACCGUGCCCGCGGGUUACGUCGUUCCAGAAGGUCAUCCCGACGCAGGAUCAGUAGCGGACGAAAAGGUGGAAGGAAAGGUCCCGGUCGGGCUAAUGGGCACAGGCGAGUGGACUCAGGAGCACAACUUGCUACAAUUUGGGGUCGACGCGGAAGCGGUUGGUGCCGAUGUUCGGGUGCGCCCGCCGAUUUGGGUUGAUGUGGUUGCGAAGGCUCGGGAAGAAAUGAAGAAUGGCGAUGCGGGAGACCUCUGGGGUGCAUAG